AUCGCAAAGGGAAAUUCUCUAGCCGACCAAGCUGCUAGAGCAGCAGCACGACAGGUCGUGUCCGUUAUGUCUCUGUCACAACAUGAAAUAACAUUUGAGCUCCCAGAUGUGAAUAAGCUGUACGAAGACCUCCCUGAAGAAGAAAAACAACAAUGGACUCAGUUGGGAGCCCAGCGGCGAGAAGGGCUGUGGAUUCUGAAUAACAAACCUCUCCUUCCAAAAAGGUAUUUAUUGCCGAUAACACGGUGGCACCAUGAGAGGACCCAUGGGGGACCGGAAAGCCUAGCCCUCCGAAUCCAGAGACUCUGGGCAGCCCCAGGAAUUUAUGCAGCAGCAAAAAGAAUUUGUGAAGGAUGUAAGCUUUGCAGACAAUAUGCCUCAGUGCGAAUUAAACCUCCCGGUGGGAAAAGACCUCCAGCCACCUUCCCUUUUCAAAAACUCCAAACUGAUUAUGCAGACAUGCCAAAAACAAUGGGGUACUCUUACAUGUUAGUGAUUGUUGAUCAGCUAUCAGGAUGGGUGGAAGCUUUUCCGACUAGGUAUGGGGUUCCUGAAGUAAUUGACUCAGAUCGAGGGAGUCAUUUCACAGCUGCUAUCCUGAUUCAGAUUUAUAAUUCUUUGGAGAUUUUUAAUAAAUUUCAUACUCCACAUCACCCCGAAUCAUCCAGUCAGAUAGAACGAAUGAAUAGGACAUUAAAGGAGAAAUUAGUAAAAGUUUAUAAACAGACUGGUUUGAAAUGGCCUGAGGCCUUAAAUUUAGUUUUGUGGGAUAUUAGGAAUACCCCGAGGCAACCAAUUGGAGUUUCUCCAGCUGAGAUCCUUUUUGGGAGAAUACUUGCUGUUCCAGGUACAUAUGUGCCAACAAAGACUAGCCUCUUGGAUGGAGAUGAACAGGUAACACAAUACCUUCUGUAUCUGCAAAAUUCUUUUUUCCAAAUGCGUAACCAUGCCUAUUGGUAUCAGGGAAUAAGCCCUGAAAUCCAAGUUCAUGAUAUACAGCCAGGGGACAAAGUUUAUAUAAAGAAUUUCAAAAGAAAGAACAGAUUUGAACCAAAAUGGGAAGGACCUUAUACUGUUUUACUAACUUCUUUUUAUGCCAUUAAGGUAUCUGGGAAAGAAAAUUGGAUCCAUCAUUCACAUGCCCGCAAAGAAUCUGAAGCGUAAUGGACAAUUGUAAAGUAUUAUUCCUUUUUGUACUUGUUUGUAUUUUACCCUGGAGUGACACCUUAUGGACAAAAUUUACAUUGCGCUAUCAAGAUGUCUGUACCAAUAGAACUGUUAUUAUAUAUAGUGAUUGUUCUUUUCAACUUUCAGGCCAAAUUACAGGCCUACAGGAAAAGCCUGGACAGAUCAUUUUUUCGGCUAGUUAUCCGAAGACCAGACAGAGAGACCCUAUUUAUCCGCUUUCUAAUUUUCUCGAAUUCUGUGCUAAUGUUAGAAGUAGACUUGAUGAUUCGUGGGAAACUUGGUCCAACGGUCAUGGCUUUUCUAAACGGUGGUGGGGAUGUGGCAUUCCAAGAACUUAUCCUGUAUAUCAUAUUCACCUUCAAGAACCAACAAGGGGAAUUGAGACAUGGUGCUUUGACCAUCAAAUGUGGGGAAUUUAUGGUAAUGGAGACUGGUGCUGUCAUAGAUUCUAUCUAUCGAGCAAUCGUUUUACUUUCAAAUUUAGGAUUGUAAUAAUCAAAUG